AUGGAUUCCCCACAGCAACGCUUGACUUUCGUGUCCAUGUGCGCCUUUGAGGACAUCGGACGCCGGGAACUUGAAACCGAGCUUUGCCGUGAAUUACCCCAGGCGAAUCUUCACUACGAGUACGCCCAGGGGGAGGAGGUUUUCGUUGUGAAGGGUAAACUCGAGGGACUAGCACCGCUUAUUGCGAACCUGGUUUCCGCUUUUAUUGAAAAGCAGCGAAAGAGCAAAGAUCUGCUGGAUACUCCUCGAAUUCGCCAACUGGCACUGCCAUCUGCGGCUCGAGACAAAACUAAUACCAUGGAACUGUCCGAUGCCGCUGUAAGGGGAGGUCUACUGGCCUUAGACGACGAUCCUGCCACACUCAUCCCUCACCAAAUGACUCGUGUGACCAAAUUCUGGCUCGCUUCAGCUGGAGGAGUAGGCUGUUUUGCUGCCAACAACUACCGCGAUAUGCUAAAGGACAUUGCCAAGGGUACUGGCACGGAGAUCAUUGUACCUGAUGACCUCAAGGGGAUUCAGGUCUCCGGGCCCUGUACGAACGACGUGGAUGAUGCUAUGGCGAAGUUAUCGGAGAUUGAGAAACCAUUGUCGUAUAUUUGUCGUCCAGCAGUCGGUAAUAUUGACAUCUGUCCUGGCGAACAAGACACACGAUACGUGAUUCAGCCUGCGACUCACCUCAAUUCCGCGUCGAUUGGUCGUAUCUUGACAGACACAACUCCGGGCUCCUUUGCUCAACUCGGUCAGAUGUUCGUCACAGCAUCUUAUAUUUUUGAUGAGGAUGCACAGAGGUACACCGCACCCAGGACCCUUCUUCAGCCGCCGAAACACGGCAGUGAAAUUACCAAGACUCGUCUCUGGAAUGACUUUACGUUCCAAGAAGUAGGCAGCGGAGAUGAAUUCAGUGCACUGGAUUCGGCCAUAGACACCAACCAAGCCGAGUCUCGCUUGGUGCCUUCGGGAAUCACAGGGCCUCAUCCUUUCCUGAGCCCGGAGAAGGCCAAACAAGUCAACCAGUGGGUAGCAGACGGAGAGAGCAUGGAAGCCCCCAGCGCCACUCAGGAUGCCGGACCUGAAAUACACCCUGAGCAAUCGUCUUGCCUGGGGUCGCCAAGGAUUAUGCCUGCCAAUCUAGAAGUAAAGAGGAAACCAGGUAUCAAAGUGCGAAGGCCGGCGCAGCAUGCUCAAACGAGCACGGCCCAGGAUACCAAGAUACUAUCACCCCAGGUGGAAACGGGCAGCAUUACCAACACUUCUCGCAAGAAAUGGAGGAUGACGUGGCCGAACAAUGGCAUCAAUGGUAGCCGCAUCCAAUCACCUGCGACUGACGAGAUUGCCGAAUCGAUUCCACCGUAUCCUGGAAGUAAAUCGCCUUCUCCGCCAUUUGAUGAUAGAAAGUACGGACUCAACAAAAAGUCUGCUCAGUCGAAAAAAGCUGUCUGUAAGCUGUCGCCUGUGCUGAAGAAAAAGCCGCCGACCAAGAAAGAUGAGUUGAUUGACGUGACAUCGGGUGAGACAAUCAAUGUCAACCCACAACUCUUGCUGGGACUCGAAGCUCCGGGCUUGGUUCCGAAUGCCUCAGAAUCUAGCAAUGUGACAGGAAACUCGGGCUGUGAUGAUUCUAGUUGCCCGUCUAUGGUUCAGGGUGGAACGCAUGUCGCUGAUCUUCUUGGGUUGGACUUCAACGAAAAUGAGAAAUCGGGUGAAUCCGCCAGCUCAAUUUCCCUUCAGCAGACAUCUUCAAGCAAAGGGAGUUUCGCUGAUCAAGCGGCAAGAUUGCAGUCUCUGAACGAUCAAUACUCCAGCUACUCGGUCACGGUUGGUUCUAAUUCCGUCCGCCCGCGUACGCGUCCUGGGCAUACCAACAGGCUGCUUGAGAAUCGGGUAAUUGAACAGUAUGAGAGGCUUCAUAGACCUGAAACCGAACAGCCCGUCAGCGAGGCACGGAGCAGGCAGUUCCAUCACACCAUGAGCCAAAAGACUGCAAGACCUGGGCCAAAGACAAUGACCAAAGCGGUAAAGCAAGCUACUCUCAUGGCUGCUUGGGGAAUACCAGAGCGACAGAAAGCGGCUAAUGGCAGUCCACAAGGGCAGAACGGGUUCGUUGUAGAUAAGCCUAAGCCAAACAAACCGCAGAUUAGCGAGCGAGAGCAGGAAAAGCAACGGGUCCAGAAACAGCGAGAGGAGGCCCAGUUCCACGACGAUCUAGGGCGCUUCUUUGCGGCGAUAAAGCCACCACUCGAAGCAGCCGAAUCAUUCCCCGGCACUAUAACUUUCGAGAUCCAAAUUGGACUUAUCUUCAUUCCAGACUUGCCGAAAACUGUUAGUCGCGACAAAUUGAUCUCUCCAGGCGAAUGGUCCAGUAUCUUACAGCCGCAAAAUGGUGUCAUGGCGCCAACGACCAAAUUCGUCAACAGAGUCACUGUAUCCGGCGCGGACGUUGACCACAUCAUAGAUCUCAGGAGGUCCAAGGCAGAGGGCAGAUCCCGUAUCUUCGAACAAGAUUACAGCGAAUACAAUGUCAGCUACGAAUUCCAUUGUACGACAAAGAUGGGUGAAUCCCUCAUUGUGGUUCUUGAUGAACAGGGAAAGUACACAGUCCAGAAACCUAACUCCAUGCUUGGUGCUGUCAACAUUCAUUUUCCAAGGCAGAUUUGGGAUGCGAGAGCUAUUAUUGGGUCCAUUACCGAAUAUCGCCUUGGUACCAAUCUCGAAUUCGAAGAAGCCGCCAAGUAUCUGGUUGACCACGUCCGUAUCCCAGCCGAGAAUCACAUUCACAUAGUUAGCAGCCUCCCCGAGGGAAAUAAGCUAGCCAUUGAGAAUGUGUUCAUGAAACGAUGGACCCACCAUCGGUUUGUCUGUCUUGAAGAAGCCUCUUGUGAUCCGGCCAAGUCUUCGAACGGUGGCGGCCAGGUCGAUGCCAGCGAGCGCAAUGAAGUUCAAGAUAUCUUUCUCCGGGUUACAGAGGUCCAGGAUCUUGUUAUCGUUCGCCCAGAGUCGUCUAUCCCUCAGCGUGUAAGCGCCAGAUACACGAACGCGGCCGACAUGAUUCACAGGGGAAAGAUGUGGUACGAGAUAUCACUCGUCAGCCCAGCGCUUGAUACUAUCUUGAGCGCCAAUACUCGUCUUGAGAUCGGAGAACGGACUGAGGAUUGGCGCGCUGCCGAUUUACUCGGAGAAUAUGCUGCUUUGCUCACGGAAGAUGCGUCGAACUCGGCAGUCAGCUCUGUUGCAGCGGCAAUUGGUGCGAGUGGAAUAGGGAACCUCUUCGAGCUUGCGAAGGCUAUAGUCCCGAAAAUCGACGGUGUCGGCUACUUCAACCCUGGUCCAAUCACCGCCGAAGUGCUCCAGGUGACUGCUGGCGGCUCAGACGGCCCGAAAGGCAAGAGUUUUGAAGAACUCGACAGCGUCAAAGAAGUGGAGAGCGUGGCUGCUAGACUUGAUCCAUCUGUGCAUAACUCUGCAGCUGCUAAACGGGAGAGGUUUGAGCUAGAUUACUGGUGA